UAUGAGCAUUAUGUAGGUAAUUUCUUCCUUGUCUGCACGCAACAAUUAUUCUGAUUCACAGGGUUUUCAUUUUGAUUUGUUUUCGAAAGCCGCCGUUGAUGGAAACAGAAGCUGCUGCUGUCUUGAACCUCUUUGAUUCUUGCUGGUUUGAGCUCAAUGUAUUGAUGAAAAGCUCAACAAUAAUCCCACCAAAAGCAACAAGUUCUGCAGAAAAUCUAGAUCAUAAGGUGAGAGGAGAAGAAGAAGAAGAAGAAAUAUCAGAGUCAGCAUCAAAGCUUGCACGGAUCCAAACAAGUACUCAUAGCAGGUCGAUGAGUGACCAAUCCGUGGAAGCAACAAGCUUCAAGCAUGAAUCUAUGUCACCAGAUUCCGUCCUUAUGAUCCCCUCAAAGCUCCAAACCAUUCUUUCGGGAAAAGAAGCCACAGACUCAGAAGAAGAACCUCAUCAGAACCCUCCGCAUGAGGCAGUAGUGUUGGUACCUGAGAAGAACACGAAGAAGAAGAAGAAGAGGAGGGAAACAAAGAGUUUGUCAGACCUUGAGUUUGAGGAGCUAAAAGGGUUCAUGGAUUUGGGUUUUGUUUUCUCAGAAGAGGACAAAGACUCAACCUUGGCUUCAAUCAUUCCUGGGUUGCAGAGGUUAGGGAAGAAAGAAAGCUCAGAUUCUGAUGAAUCAAUGGUUCAAAGGCCUUAUCUUUCAGAAGCAUGGGAGGUUUAUUGUUAUGAUAAGAAAAAGAAAGAGAAAGAGAAAGAGAAUCCAUUGAUGAAUUGGAAGUUCCCUGCUGUAAACAAUGAAACUGACAUCAAAGAUAGCCUCAGAUGGUGGGCUCACACUGUUGCUUCCAGUGUCAGAUGAACCAAUCAAAAUCCCUAUUUUUUCUUCUUUCCACAUUCCCAUUUUGCUAAUUUUUCCUCCAAUUUUUUUUCUCUAUUUAUUGUGAUAUCCGAAAACUUGUACAUUGUAAAUUUAGCCAAAAAAUGAAGGAAAUUUUUCAUUUGGAGUUUGAA